CUGAUUCCCUAGAUGGUAGUUAGAUGACGGCGAUAGGAGCCGAGGCCCAACUGCCCAGUGAUGUAUUGGCCGUGUUGUUUAUGUGAUCUGUCAUGGAUGUCCUACUAUGAUUCAAGGAUUUAGGACAUGCGCAGAACUGCCAGCAAUGAAAAGUCGAAGAAAGAGAUAUUGACUUCGAGGGGGAGAAAUGUAGUCCACUAUGAGAAAAGAGAUACCCAAUGUCUCUGGAGAAAAAGAUCUGAGGAUGGGACCUGCAGCAGCAAAAGCGCAAAGCUUCGAUGUCACCGCCAUCCACCUACCCUCCAUCGCCCAAACUGUCUCUGUCUCUGUAACGCGAAUUUUAUUUUACACAACAGCAAAGUGAAAAACUGGAGUAGGGGGUUCGCUUGCCUCAGCAACCGUCGCGUAGCUUGCGCGCCUCGGCGCUGGAACGGGGAAUCUGGAGGCGGGCACGCAUCUCCCAAGCAAUCUCGCGUGGCCUCGCGUAGCGUGCGAGGAGACACGCAGAGAGGGAGGGAGAGAGAAAGAGAGCCUUGACCCCGCCGUCCUCGUCCUGUCGUCCUGAUAGCUGAUGCAGUGAUGCUGAUCAGCUGAUGCGUGCGGAGCUCGCUCGUGGAGCCGAGGCCCUAGCCUGUAGCCUCUCACGGCGGUAGAACGAGCACCCAUGGGCCUCACUGGAUCACCUAAGCGUCUUCCAGGCCCAUCUGUGCCUCACCUGAGGCCUGUCUCAUUUAGUGACGAGGCCCAACCCACCAGCGUCAGAAUACAAGAGCGCGUUAUCCUCUCUCUUCCGGUUCCGGGCAACUCGAAGAAGCCGCGUGCGUUAUCCUUUGAGCAGUUUGGGCGCUGAGCAAGUCCAGUGAGAGAGGGAGAGCGGCGAGAGGAUGGCUGGGAUGGCAUCGCUGCAGGGCGCCAUGGCGUCGCUCUCCAUCUCCGCGCUAGGCGCGGCGACGGCGAGCAGCAGCAGCUUCUGGGGCAACCGGCUCGCCACCUACUCCGCGCCGCAGCCUGGGGUAAGGUUUAUGGUCAAGAUAUGCCCAAUUGAAAUGAGACUUAAGAGAUGGGAGCGAAAGAAGUGUAAACCAAACAGUCUUCCUGUGCUGCACAAGAUGCAUGUUAGGAUCGGGGACACGGUACAGGUUAUUGCAGGCCGUGAGAAAGGAAAGGUUGGAGAAGUCACACGCCUUUUCAAGCACAACAGCACGGUGAUCGUGAAGGACCUGAACUUGAAGUCGAAGCACAAGAAAGGCACAGACGAUGAACCCGGUGAAAUCGUCAUGAUUGAAGGCCCCAUUCAUAGCUCAAAUGUGAUGCUCUACUCUAAGGAGAAGAGUGUGGUAAGCAGGGUUGGCCACAAAUUCCUGGAGGACGGGACCAAGGUCCGAUACCUGGUCAAGACCGGUGAAGUAAUCGACAGUGUUGAGAAGUGGGUAAAGGUUUUUAAGGAAGGAAAUUCGGAGUAACAGUUUUAGCAUGAAAACCUGCAAAAUGCUCUGAACGCUGACUGCGUCUUGCAUGUUGAAUUGAGCCUGUUUAUCCCUCUAUGUUGUUAUUUACGCCAGUUUUUCCCCCUGUAAAUUAUACAGUUGUCACCAAAUCUUGCAACGCAAGUCAAUGCGCAUCAGCAUAUGCUGAUCUUGUUCCGCUUCA